AUGAGAGAAUAUCAGUUUCCAUGUUGUGAGAUUGACUUUUGGGUUUAUUUUAUGAUAUGUCUAGUGCUUGUGUCACUGGCAGGUAUUGCAUCAGGCCUAGCUCUAGCACUACUGUCCUUCAGACAAGUUGAUCUUGAGGUCCUCGUUAAAGCUGGCCUUCCAAAAGACAGAAAGCAUGCAGAAAGGAUUCAACCUUUGGUAAAGAAUGGACAUUUUGUCCUGUGUACCCUGCUUCUAGGAAAAUCACUGGCUAUGGAGGCACUGCCAAUUUUUAUGGACUCAAUCAUCCCUACUUGGUUUACUAUUCUCAUGUCAGCACCCUUGGUGACUGUGUUUGCAGAGAUUUUACCUCAAGCUGUAUGCUCUCGAUAUGGACUAAUUUUAGGAGCAAAAAUGGCUCCCAUUGUUCAACUGCUUCUGCUGAUCUUCUUCCCUAUAACCUAUCCUGCUAGUAAGGUGCUAGAUUGGGCUCUAGGGAAAGAACAUUCAGUUCUAUUAAGAAGGUCAGAGUUGAAGACAUUUGUGGACUUCCAUGCAAAUGAGGCAGGGAAAGGUGGAGAAUUGUCACAUCAUGAAACUUCUAUAAUCACAGGUGCUAUAGAUUUGACUCAGAAGACAGCUAAAGAUGCAAUGACACCCAUAUCUCAAACUUUUUCUCUAGAUAUAAACUCUAAACUUGACAUGCAUACAAUGACACAAAUACUUAGCAAAGGUCACAGUCGAAUACCUAUCCAUUCUGGACACCCAAAAAAUAUCAUUGGCCUUAUAUUGGUUAAAAACUUGAUAUUCUGCCGUCCAGAAGAUGAGACCCCAAUAAAGAAUUUGAUUAUUAGGAAAAUUCCAAGGGUUUAUGAAAGUUGGCCACUAUACGAGAUAUUGAAUCAAUUCCAGAAGGGUCACAGUCAUAUGGCUAUUGUCUUAAAGUCCAACAAGGAGACAGAGAGCACUGGUGCACCCACCUUUUUGAAUUUAAUUACACAGAAAAUAUCAAAUCCGGCUCAAGUUGUUGGAGGUAACAUCUUACAGAAUUCAGCCAUGGUAUCAUAA